AAAUACGGGGAGGAGGUAGUGAGGAAGAGCAGAGCAAUUGGAGACAUAAAGGGAGUCGGACGGGGGGUGGUAGGUGACAUCUGAAGACAAUAAAGACACCCCAGCCGGGGGUUUCAGUCGUCUUCCUCACACCAGGAGAGCGAACAGGGACUGCGCUUUAUCUCUGAGUUGGGAAUCAAUCUCGUCUGUGGCUGGAUGGACAAAACAAAAGAAUUAAAAAGGAAGUUAUUCUUCCUCUUCGUUGCUACCUUUGUCUUCCUCCUCUUCAUCACUGUGAGAACACCUAGGAUAUACAGGUCCACCCCAAAGCCGUGUGGGCCUGCAAAGAUUUGCCCCUUCUACAUCUCUGAGGAGACCAUCACCCCCCUCAACAAUACUAAGCACUUACUAGUGUCAGCCUUCAUGGACCACAGAGUGAAUGGCUUUGAUAUACGCAUCAUUGGGUUAUUAAGGACAGACUCCAUCCAACCUCUUUACUGUCUUUUCUGCUGUGACGGCCACUUAUCAACUCCAACUCUAACUCCAACUAAGAUUUUACAACACCCGGAAAGCUUUGGUUUUCCCUUCGUCACUACAGAUUUCAUGUGUCAGAUUCCUCAAAACUGCAAUGCCACACAUGUUACUCUUCUGACUGAGCCAGACAGACAGACGGUAUUUAACCAAAUUUGGCUUCCUAUAAGAAACAAAAAGACUGAGGGGAACAGGGAGAAAAAGUUGAACUUCACAGUCUGCAUCUCCAACCUGUUUGGAGACUACAACAAUGUGCUUCAGUUUGCACAGACCCUGGAGAUGUACAGGCUGAUAGGUGUGGACAGAGUGGUGAUCUAUAACACCAGCUGCGGCCCAGAACUCAACCGCCUGUUGCAGAUCUACAGUCAGGAGGGCUUCGUGGAGAUGGUUCCUUGGCCCAUUCACAAACAUCUGAAUCCAUCUCGAGGCUGGCUCUUCUCAGAGAGCGGUGGGGACGUGCACUACUUUGGACAGAUGAUCACGCUUAAUGAGUGCAUUUACAGAUCCAUGGACCGGUCCCGCUACGUCCUGUUGAACGACAUAGAUGAGAUUAUAAUGCCAUACCAACACAACAACCUGAUGUCUGUGAUGAACAUGCUCCAACAGCAGCAUCCAAAUACGGGGGUGUUCCUCAUUGAGAACCAUAUUUUCCCCAAGAUUCAUUUUGAGCCAAGUGGGAGGUUUCACCUGCCUCAGUGGAACGGGGUGUCAGGGGUUAAUAUUCUGGAGCACAUCUACAGGGAAGACCCUGACCGAAGUAAAUACCACCCGCACAAGAUGAUAAUUCAACCAAGGAUGGUGGAGCAGACUUCAGUGCACGAAGUGCUCAAGAAUUUUGGACAACAAUACAAGGUUCCUUUGGACGUUUGUCGGAUCAUUCAUGUCCGUGUGCCUCAGCGUGGGGGGUUAAAGCUGGAGCAGCUCAAUGUGGACAAACGACUGUGGGACUUCAGCGAAAAACUGAUUCCCAAUGUGGACAAACAACUGAAGAGAGCAGGGCUGCUAAACUCAGAGGGGCAGAGCUGAUGGAUGGACAGAUGGACUCACAUAAUGAACAUGUUAAAUCCGAUGAUGAAUGUACACCCUAAUUUCAAAACUGGUUAUAUCUGGGCAGGGGAUGUGAAUAUCAUUGCCAUUGUUUUGUGCUGUAUGUUUUCUGAAAUGCUGUCUUAUUUUGCACUUAAUGGCCAUUUGAAUGACUUGAAUGCUGCUCAGUUGUCAAAAUUUAAAGAAUGUUAAACAUUUGAAGCACUGUCGAUAUACCAUGUGGUAUAACGGUUUAACGGCAGAAUAAGUGUCAAAUAAGCGUUUCUAAGUAUAUUAAAAUCCCUCCAUUUUAUUAUCCUCCCUAUAUAACAAUGUGGGUGAAGGAGGUGUGUGGGAGAGGCAAAGUCCUUAUCUCAUUAGCUCUGUAUGUCUCUAAAAAUCUGUAUUGCACUGCUAGGGCACGGUCACACAUGCUGACUAUCGCCUGCUGACAAUUAACCACACACACUUCUUUGCUAUUGGUUGAGGCUCUGAGGCCUUGCGAUGCCUACGACUUCGCCAAAGUUCACCGGGACACCGCAAAGUUGGGGUUAAGGCUUGUAAGGACACAGCAGUUAAUGGAAUGAGAGAGCAACAUCAGCACCACCAAGUUAACACAUUUGAUUUUAUUUUUGUAUUCAAUUUCCUUUUUUCUCUUCUAUUGGUCUACACCAACUCCUGUAGGAAAUAUCUGGCUCCUUAGCUGUGAUCACAAGCUAGUCAUUAACCUUGUCUGUCUGCCAUUUGGUGCUGAGUGUAACAGCUGCCUGCUGCUGCCAAAAACAAGGGUUAAUGAGAGAAUGAACCAAAAGUUGGGGGCUGUGAAACAAAAACAGUUAGCUGACAGGUGCUUUGUGGAGCUCAGGGGAAUUCUGUGUAAUAAUAAUUAAAUAUUUUUUACAAGAGUAUUUAUAGCUCAUUGUUUGUGUAAGCACCUGGGUAAAUGACCCUGUUGUCUUGGGAGUGGAGGAGGAGUCAAAGGUUUAUAAUUCCCUCAGGACAUAUGUGUUCAUUUAUUUGCUUUUCAUUUUUUAACUGGCUCAUUGUGAAAUAAAAAGCUCAUGUUUCCGACUUAAGUAAA